AUGAAUUUCAAUAUCAUUAUCAAAAUAAUUUGUGAAAAUAUCCAGCUAGCUCCUAUAAUUAAUAUGGUUUCAUACAAAGAACUAUUCAAUAUUAAUGAUACGGAUCUAAUCGUACCGUCUGACACAUUAAGUGAAGCUGUAUAUGAUAAUUCCAAAUUAGAUUACAUUUUUCAAAAUGUUAAUAGAAGAAACAGAGAUGAGGUUGAAGAUGAGAGCAUAAAUAUCCAAACACAAUUACCUAAACAACAAAAUCAACAGAUUUCGAAAGACAUGAGCGAAGUAGGCUCCAAGCAAGUUUCAGAAAUUAGACCUGAUUCAGAUUCACGAUGGAAAUUAUUAAGAGUAAUGGCAGGUGCACAUCAAGGUUGGGUUCGAUCUUGUACUGUUGAUCCUGUAACAAACAAAUGGUUUGUAACUGGUUCGUCUGACUCUACAAUAAAAAUAUGGGAUUUAGCGAGUCUGAAUUUGAAAGCUACGAUAACAGGGCAUAUAAUGGGAGUGAGGUCAUUGGCGGUUUCUUCUAGAUAUCCAUAUCUUUUUUCAGGAUCCGAAGAUAAAACUGUGAAAUGUUGGGACUUGGAGAGAACAAACUCACUGCUGGGAUGUCAAAUUCGAAAUUAUCAUGGACAUGUUGGAGGUAUAUAUGCUAUGGCGUUACAUCCAGAACUUGACUUGUUAUUUACUGGAGGUCGUGACUCAGUUAUUCGAGUUUGGGAUCUAAGGUCAAGAACUGAAAUUAUGGUUCUAAGUGGCCAUCGAAGCGAUAUAACAUCUAUCGCAAGUCAAAUCGGUGAUCCCCAAAUAAUAACAAGCUCAAUGGAUGCAACCAUUAGAUUAUGGGAUAUUCGUAAAGCAACCACACAACUAGCACUAACUCAUCAUAGCAAAAGUAUAAGGCUGAUGGCUAUGCAUCCACAAGAAAUGACAAUGUGUUCAGGGGAUACAUCUGGGAACCUAAAGGAAUGGUUAUUACCAGGCGGUGAAUUGUUAAAUGAAUUUGGGCAUAGUGGAGAAAAUAAAAUAAUAAACACGUUAUCUAUUAACCCAAGUAAUAAUACUCUAUUUUCAGGAUACGAUGAUGGAAGAAUGGAAUUCUAUGAUUAUGUUAGUGGAGAUUUACUACAAUCAGAUGCAACUACCCCAGUUACUGGAUCUACUGAGUCUGCCAUAUAUGCAUCAACAUUUGAUAUGCUGGGUUUGAGAUUAAUAACAUGUGAAGGUGACAAGAGUAUCAAAAUAUGGGGAGAAGAAUAG